GUAAUGCAAGGUGCGAUCACACCUACACGUGUUCCGGUGGAAACAACGCUUUAGACCCAUCCACUUUAUUUCCAGAUCGCACUCGCUCAGUUUCCGACCGAGAGGCUACGUAACGUCAACACCAGGAAGAGAAGCACCAGCAGCACAUUCCUACCAAACAAGACGGGGUGAGUGCGAAGAAGAAAGUGAGCAGACGUCUGACCCUGAACAGUUUUGUUUCGGCCACAUCAUCGUUUUGGAGUAGUAAAACGAUAAGGCUACUGUGGGGCGAUGGCUUCCAGCACCCCAAUGGUGAAUGGGGACCUGAGUCGGGGGUCCCCCCCUGGAGCUGCUGUGGGCAGUCUAGAGGAGGCCGUUCAGCAGAUGAACACCCUCAUCAAGGAGAACCGAGAGCUGAAAGAGGCGUUGAGGCAGACUAACUCGACCAUGAAGGAGCGUUUCGAGGACCUGUCUCUGUGGCGCGAGAAACAGAGGGAGGAGCGGGAGUUCCUGGAGGGACGGCUGGAGGAGGCCCGGCAACGCGUGACGACUCUCACCGCAGAGAACGAGGGACUGAAAAAACGAGUGCAAGAGCUGCAGAACACCUCACAGCCAGCACAGGCCGCGGCAGGGGAGCUGGAGGCGCUGCGGGUCCAGCUGGCCCGUGUGCAGGCGGAGAAGAACGACCUGGUGGCCCUCAACUCAGAGCUGCAGCUGAAGAUGGGUCAGGGGUCACCCGAGGACUCCUUCAUCGAGAUCCGGAUCGCUGAAGGACAACUGGACGUGACUAAAGAUUUACCCUCCGCUCAGGAAGAGCUCACAGCCUCAUGCAUGUCGCGCUUCAAAUCCGAGGAGCAGACGGUGAGCCAACUGCUGCAGUCUCUGAGGAGUGAGACCAAACGCGUGGAGACGCUGGAAAUUGAGCUCCAGGCUGCAAGAGAAAGAUUGAACGAGUUGGAACUUCAGAAGCAGAUAAACAGUGAGAGCAGCACGCAGACGUCACUAUCUCUCCAGCUCGCUGAUCAACAGCAGGCUGAGAAGGACAAACAGAGCAGCGAUGAGAAGUCUGCGACCGAAGUGGAGAAUCUGAAGACGCAGGUGAAGACUCUGGUCAAAGAGCUCCAGGAGCCUCAGAGCAAACUGGACGAGGCAGAAAAAAUGAAGAAAAACCUCCAGGACAGGUGUCGGGAGAUGGAGCAGGAGCUGGCCAGCCUGCGGACCCAGCUGGGGGAGCGGCAGCAGGUGCAGACGGAGAACGAGCGGCUCAAGCUGCAGCUGGAGAGUCUGCAGGCCCACAACAAGAUGGAGCAGAAGAAGGCCCUGGAGGAGAAGAACAACCUGGCUCAGUUGAAAGAUGCGUACACUAAGCUGUUUGAGGAUUAUAAUGAGUUGAAGGAGGAGAGGAAGAGACGAGAGCAGGCUAGCGUGUCACGGGAGGAGGCCAACGACGUCCAAAUGCGAUUGGCCGCAGCUGAGCAGGCGCUGGCUGCCAAGCAACAGAAGAUUGAUGACAUGAAGCAGGAGCUCUUCCAAAAGGAGAAGGAACUGGAGACGGUGUCUGUCUUUAAGGCCCAGGCGGAAGUGUACUCGGCUGAUUUCUAUGCGGAGCGGGCAGCUCGAGAGGCCAUUCACGCAGAGAAGGAGCGUCUCGCCGCCCAGCUGGAGUUUGUCAAGAAACAGAAGAGCCAACUGGAGGAUGAGAUGGACUCGCUCGGCAGACAAUCCUUAGGAGAGAUGCAGCGCAGACACGUGCCACGCGGAGCCACACCACAAGGGGGCAGCAGAGGAGCGGAAGUGAACAUUCCGGAACAUGCCUGUCCAAAGUGCAACGAAAUCCUUCCUGAUCUGGACACUCUGCAAAUCCACAUCAUGGACUGCAUCAUUUGAGCCUGUGGUCAGACAGUAUCUCAAACAGUUAUACCCCCCCCCCCCCACACACACACACCCAACCAUACACUAGUUCAUCAAAACUCUGGUUCAUAAUAAGCUUUAACACUGCACAUAGCAAUCACUGCACAGUAACUCUUCUUGAAAAGAAUAUUGUGGGGUACAGUAUAACAAACUAUUCCCAUGUUGCACUCUGUAAUUAAGAUCUAUUGGUGUUCAGAUUUGAAGUUUACUGUCAGACUAACAAUGCGUAUCAGUAUAGUUCUGAUUUCGAAGCCCUUAAAUGCUUAUAUAAGAUAUAAUAAUUAUAUUUUGUUUGCCAAUUCAAGCCUAGUGAAAUUUAGAUUGUGUUUAUUUUCAUGUUAAAUGAAUUUAUACCUGUGUGUUCAGUAAAGGCAUUUAUCAAGAACCCUAAUAUGUGAUAUUUAAGUAGAUUCUUCUCAGAUGGCUUUGGUGACAGACUUCAAAAUAUAUUGUCUACGUUACUAAAAAGAUACAACCAAAUUGGCCCAUCUUAAGUGGAGUAGAAGUUAUAGUUUACCGCAUCAGGGCACUUUAGCUGCUGACAAUAUUCCAGAUUAGUGAAGGAGCAUGUAGCAGGUAGGGCGGCUCAAUCCCAGAAUCUCACACUCUGUUGGCUUUAAUUAAUGUGCAGCUGCGCUGUUGCAGAUUGCUUCUCGUCUUCCUCUCAGUGAGAAAACUGGUUUUGAUGUCCGCAAAGUAUGGUCACUCAGAACAGAAGACGUAGCAGCAGGGGUGAGGAAAACCCAGACGGAAUGAUGACUGUGUUCUGAAAAUUAAAGACUCCUUCCUUAGACGGUUUGGUGUGGCAUCAGUGACCAACUUGGGUAUAUUCAUUGCUACUUGAAGAAUUAACCCACAUUCUUGUUUAUGAAGUUGGAUAAAGUAAAGGUGUCUCCUGGACAUGCUUAAUAUUAAAAAAAGAUCUGAACAAUA